AUGGAACUGGGUAACUUCAGCGACGCCGGCCGGCUGGGCUCCUGCUUCCGGGGAUGCAACAUCAGCGACGACCUCCGAGGCUACCUCACCUCGCCGUGGUUCUCCACCACCUUCGGCCUCAUCGGCCUCUGCUCCAACCUCUUCGCCUUCUGCGUGCUGGUCAACUCCUCGCGGAAGAUGCACAGCCGGGCCCGGUCCUCCUUCCUGGUCUUCCUCUGUGGCCUGGUGGUGACGGACUUCAUGGGCCUCCUCGUCACCUUCAGCAUCGUGGUCCCUUACCACUUCGCCAAGUUCGAGUGGAGGCACGUGGACCCCGGGUGCCACCUCUGCAACUUCAUGGGCCUCGCCAUGGUCUUCUUCGGGCAGUGCCCGCUCCUGCUGGGCGCCACCAUGGCCGGGGAGCGCUUCCUCGGCAUCUACCGGCCCUUCUCCCGCUCCGUCAACAUGUCGAAACGUCGGGCCUGGAUCCUGGUGUGCAUGGUGUGGGGCCUGGGGUUUUUCCUGGGCCUGCUGCCCAUCUUCGGCCUGGGGGAAUACAGCCUACAGUUCCCCAACUCCUGGUGCUUCCUCACGCUGCGCCACGACCCCAGGAACGUGGCCUUCUCUCUCAUCUUCGCCCUGCUGGGCAUCUUCUGCGUGGUCCUCUCUUUCUUCCUCAACACGUUCAGCGUCGUCACCCUCUGCCGGAUCUACCACGACUCUGAGUCGGUCCAACGGCGGAGGGACAGCGAAGUGGAGAUGAUGGCCCAGUUGCUGGGGAUCAUGGUCGUCGCCAGCGUCUCCUGGCUCCCCCUGCUGAUCUUCAUCACACGGACGGCUUUUCAGAACUUCCCUGAUGUCAAUCGGAUCCCCCGAGAGACCGAGGAGUGGCUGCUCAUCUUCUUGCGGCUGGCCACCUGGAAUCAGAUCCUCGAUCCCUGGGUCUACAUCCUGAUCCGCCGGGCGGUGCUGAGGCGGAUCUACCCCAGCCUCAAAACCCGCCCCUCCAUCGUCUCUCUAUACCCUGUCCUCAACCCCUCACUGCAGCGGAAAUUUACCCAGGACUCUGUACUCCAAUAA